AUGUUAACACGCAAAACACGAUAUCUGAAUAAAACGGACGAUGUAGCAAAAUCAAACGAAACUAAACAAUCUAUCUAUCUAUCUAUCUAUCUAAUUCUGCGCAUAUCUAUAUGUUAUUCUACUCAUAUCUAUCUAUCUAUCUAUCUAUCUAUCUAUCUAUCUAAUCUAUCUAUGUUAUGCUCAUAUCUAUCUAUCUAUCUAUCUAUCUAUCUAUCUAUCUAUCUAUCUGAUGUUCCCUCUUUCUCUCCUCUUUCUCUCUAUCUACAAACAUGUGCUCUAUCACAACCUUCUUUCUUUCUUUCUAUCUAUCAUAUCCGUUUCUAUCAAUUUAAAUAUCUAUCAGUCUAUCAUAUCCUUCUUUCUUUCUUUCUUUCUUUCUUUCUCAAUCAAUUCAUUUUCUUAUUUUUUUCUAUCUUCUUUCUAUCAAUCAAUUCAUUAUCUAUUAUUUUUUCAUCAUAUCUAUCUAUCUAUCUAUCUAUCUAUCUAUCUAUCUAUCUAUCUAUCUAUUUGAUUCUGCUCAUAUCUAUCUAUCUAUCUAUCUAUCUAUCUAUUCUAUCUAUCUAUCUAUCUAUCUAUCUAUCUAUCUAUCUGAUAUUCCUCUUUCUCUCCUUUUCUUUCUAUCUACAAACAUAUGUGCUUAUGUGUCGAAACUGCUUUUUUUUUCUUUGUUUUCUCCUCAUUGCAAAUGCCUGA